AUGGAUUCAGUCAUAGACUAUUCUCAAGUCGAGAUUCCCCUAUUCUGUAAAGCAGGGGUGGUGGUCAAUGAAGGCCCUGGUUUCCAUGUCGAGGUACAGAUGGUGCCUGUGCCACAGCCAGGUCCUGACGAUGUUCUGAUCAAGCUAAACUACACUGGAAUUUGCUCAUCCGACAUCCAUAUGAUGCAAGGAGAUGUUGGUCUCCCACUUAUGUCAGAUUUCGGGGUGCGAUCUCCGGGGCAUGAAGGUGCGGGCGUAGUUGUUCAGGUUGGAGCAAACGUGAGAACUUUCAAGCUAGGCGAUAGAGUCGGGAUCAAACCGAUCAUGGAUACAUGCGGGUCCUGCUCACUUUGCUGGGAGGGCAAGGAACCAUAUUGCAAGGGCGCGAUUUUCACUGGUGUGAUGAUUGCCGGUACUUACCAGCAAUACUUGGUAUCACCGGCAAGAUUUACAUCGCCAAUUCCGGACGGAGUCCCCGACGAAGUUGCUGGCCCAAUUAUGUGCAGUGCCAGCACUGUUUAUCGAUCUCUGGUUGAGUCUAACCUUCGACCUGGGGCUUGGGUUGUUUUCACUGGCGGUGGUGGCGGUGUAGGGAUCCAAGGUGUACAGCUGGCCAAGGCAAUGGGAAUGCGCCCGAUCGUGGUGGACUCGGGACAAUCCAAACAAAAAUUGUCGCUCGAGAUGGGAGCAGAGGCCUUUCUGGAUUACAAGGAAAUUGCUGAUCCCACCAGAGCUGUGAUUGAGGUUGCCGACGGGGUCGGGGCUCAUGGAGUGAUUGUGACGGCCCCUGCUGCUUAUGGGAAUGCACUUUCAUUUAUUGGAGACCGUAUCGGAGGGAUUGUUAUGUGCAUCGGUCUUCCUGCUCCAGGAACGACGACGAUAGGAGCCGAUCCCGGUCAAUAUGUCUUCAAGAAUCUUACCAUCAAGGGUACCCUUGUGGGCAGCCGUAGUGAUACUGCCAUGGCGUUGGAUUUCGCAAGGCGAGGAGCGCUGCGGCAAAUUUGUGAAGUGUAUCCGAUCAAUCGCAUGCCUGACGCAGUGGAGAGACUGCGGAAAGGGGGAGUGGCCGGACGGAUUGUGGUCAAUUUCAACUGGGAGGAGUAA